AUGUUUAAUAUUUUAUUAUUUUGUAUUUUUUUAUUUGUUGUUGUCAGUAGCAUUUUUUAUUAUUAUUUUGGUAAAAUCAUAUUCAAGAAAUACAAGGGUUGCCGUUGCUCUACCACUAAAGGGGAAUAUUGCCAAUAUUGUGCCUUUAAUAACGAUUACUGGGGAAUUCAAUAUAUUGAAAGUCAAAAACUAGAAUAUGAUCAUAUAAUAGAUAGACACAGAUUAUAUGACAGACAAUGUUCCCAACAACACUCAUUUAUAAGGGAACAAUAUCAAGAGAGGUUUCAACUAUAUCAAUAUCAAAUAAAACAACAACAAAGACUUGAUCUUCCAUAUCAGCAACAACUACAACUCGAACAACAACAACGACUCAAUCUAAAACAAUAUCAAGUUCUACAACAACAACAUCUAGAUCAGAGACAGUACCAAAUAAGACAACAACAACUACAAUACCAAAGACAACAACAACAACAACUAUUUUACCAAGUAGAACAACAACAUCUACAAGAACUAGAACAAAAAAAACAACAACUACAACAACAACAACAACAAAAACGUUAUUUUUGUAGAUACUUUUAG